UUCGAGGAGGUGAAACCAAAUUCAUUCACCAGCUAUGAAAUCUCUUCGCUUGAUUUCGACAGCUCCCCUUACUCCGUUUCUUUCUCUUUCUCGAACUCGAGUUAUCUUCAAGGCUCCAGCAAAGAGAUGCGGUGGCGGUUUUGUCACUAUGUCUCUGGAUUCAAACUCAGAGAAGAGCUCGAGUUCUUCUGAGGGUGUGUCGAUCAGUGUCUUGGAAGAUCAAUCCAUCAACGAUUUCAAGAUGAAACUUGGAAGCUCUGUUUCUCCUCCUCCGCGUUUAAUCAAUCCAUUAGGCAAGACGAUGAGUAGAAGCGAUCAGGCGUUUCUUCUCUUGGCCUUCAUCGCUUGCACCACUUCAGUUGCUUUUACAAGUUUUGUGCUUACAGCAGUUCCCACACUUCUGGCCAUGGGAAGAGCUGCGUCUUCCUUUGCUAAGUUAGCCGACACGGCCCGCCAAGAACUGCCUAGUACCUUAGCAGCCAUAAGGCUCUCCGGCAUGGAAAUAAGCGAUCUUACUCUUGAACUAAGUGAGUUAAGCCAUGAAGUUACUGAAGGGGUAAACAAAUCAGCUAAAGCGGUUCAAGCAGCUGAAGCUGGAAUCCGACAGAUUGGGACACUUGCACACCAGCAAACUCUCUCAAUGAUUGACGAGAGAGCAAGUUUACCAGAAAUAUCACUGCAACCUGUCGUGGCUGGUGCAGCGAAGAGGACUUCUCACGCAAUAGGCAAAGCAUCCAAAACACUAAUGAACAUUAUAACCGGAGGUGAUAAGGACGAAGAUUCUUCCUAACACGUUUAGAAGCUAUCACUUUUAAUUUUCUGUUCCUUUUUGCAAGUUAUCAGUACUUUAAAGAAAUAAUAACAAUACAACAAAGAGAUCGAAGACGAA